CAGCAAUCUGCACAAAACAAUUGGAAGUCUUUCACUUCUUCCUCAGAUUGCCUUACCUGAAAUUUACCACUCCGGAGUUCUUUCUGCAUAUUCUCUCGUGAAUUGCUCACUUUAUUUUACCCCAAACUGCAAUUUCGUUAUUUGCAAGCGCACCUCUCUUGUGAUCAAUAGCACAGUACUUUCCUUGCCAAAGGUGAGGAGGUCGUCAGGUGGCCCAUCAUGGCUCACCAGAGCGAACCUGCGUCUACACCUAUUGCGAAGGCCGACAAUCAGCUUCAUCACCAGGUUCUCACAGCUUCUCAUAUCGCUUCUGCACGCAAUGCAUCAGAAAAGCGCCUGGGAAUUCUGCAUUUCGCCUCUCCUAUCGACUAUGGCUGGAAUGGUGAUAUCAGGAAGCGCUACACGGAUUUUCAAGUUUUUGAGGUUCGCAAAGACGGCAGUGUCAUCCACCUGAGUGAUUUCCAGCAAGCUGCCAGGCGACCUCCUCAAUCCUCUCACCCAAAUGGUAACUUGAAUGAGCUGCCUGUGGCGAAGGGAAAACCUAGCCCGAAGGAGGCACCAGCAGUCGUCGAAGCGACUUACCAUCCCAUUUCCGAUGAGGACACUGCUCUCUUGUGUGAGCUGCUGGGCAAUGAUGCUACAGAACAAGUGAUCGACCUGGACAAAAAGGUUCAGGCCAAAGAUGGGUCAAGUCGGGGUGUGAUAAUCAAGUUCCCAUCCAUCACAGACCGCGCUUUGCGCACCAAGGUUCAUCAGGAAGCUAGACGAAUCUUUAACUCACGGAUUGAGACUCAAGUCGGAGAGGAAGGUGUUAUUAGCGCACGCGCGUUUGCGUCCCAGCAGGGUCAGAGGCGUAAUGCCAAUGGCCCCCGUGGAUCUCGAGAUGGUUGGCGAGGUGGAAGUCGAGCAGAGCCUCGUCCCCCGCGGGCCCAGUACCUUCACUUCACCCUCUACAAAGAAAACAAGGACACGAUGGAUGCGAUUAACCAUAUCGCCAGGCUUCUCAAGAUCAAAGCCUCUAAUUUUGGGUUCGCCGGUACUAAGGAUCGGCGUGCCGCCACAGUCCAGCGCGUUAGUGUGUGGAACAAGGACAUCAAGGAACUGAACACGCUGAACGACAAGAUGUCGGGCAUCAGGGUGGGCGACUUCUCCUACCAGAAGAAACCCAUGCAGCUUGGGCAGCAUGGAGGCAACGAGUUUGUCAUUGCGAUUAAGAAUGUCGAGUCUCCCCGGCUGAAAGAUUACUCCAUUACCCACCGUCUUAGGGUGACCGAGGAGUGCGUCCAACAGGCGCUCGACAGCAUUGCCAACCGAGGCUUCAUCAACUAUUUUGGUCUUCAGCGAUUCGGCACCCAUGCCAUAGGCACACAGGAGAUUGGCAUGAGGAUCCUUAGAGAGGAUUUUGUCAGCGCCGUCAACGGCAUCUUACACGUGGACGAAGAACUUUCGGUUGCUGUCGCAGAGGGUAGCAACGACGGUCGCUUCCAUCGUGAUGAGUUCGACCGUGCACGAGCAAUCACAAUGUGGAGGAUGAGCAGAAAGUCAGAUGCCGCACUACGCAUCCUGCCCAAGAAGUACAACGCUGAGAACACUCUCAUCAAGCAUCUGGGACAAGCCCCCAACGAUUUCACCGGAGCUCUGAUGCACAUCACCCGCGGCCUCCGGAUGCUUUAUAUUCAUGCUUACCAAUCUUUCGUCUGGAACUUUGCAGCCAGCAAGCGUUGGGCAUUGUACGGGGACAAGAUUAUUGCUGGCGAUCUGGUGCUUGUCCAGGCUGAUGAAUCACCUAUUACGCAGCGUGGCCCUGUCGAGGACAUGUCUGAGGAGGUUAACCAAGAAGAAGAAGAGUUUUAUCAGCGGGCUAGGCACAUCACGGAGAAGGAGGUUGCGAGCGGACGCUUCACAAUCUUUGACGUCGUCCUCCCUGCGCCAGGUUUCGAUGUCAUCUACCCUCUGAACGAGAUUGGUCAAUUCUACGUCGACUUCAUGAAAAAGGAAGAGAACGGUAGGCUCGAUCCCUACAACAUGCGUCGUAAGCAUCGCGAGUACAGUAUGAGCGGUCACUACCGAAAGCUCAUGGCAAAGUUCACCGCCACACCAAUGUUUGCUAUUCGCCCCUAUGUGAACGACGAGGAGCAGAUGCAUCCCACUGACCGGGACUUGAUCGAGUGGCGCAAGGCCCAGGAAUCCCCUCAGCAAGAGAAGACUGCUUCAGCAUGGAACAGCUUUGCAGAAAAUGCAAAGAAAUUUGACGCAGCUACAGAGGGCGAAAUGCGCCGUCGGCGCAGUGAUUCACCGCCUACGGAAACCCGCAUUAACGAUGCAUGGGUCGAGACCGGUUUCGAGGGUGGCAAGCGGAUGAAGGUCAGCGACCCGAUCAAGCUUGAGCACACCCAAGUCAACAAACCUGACUUUGGAGAUCAACUCAACGCGGUAGUCAAGCCUGGAGAGGCCUCUGUCAGUCUUACCGGCAUAGAGCAAACAACUGCACCCAGUGUUGAGGCUACGCAGGAUAUUGAGAUGGGUAACACAGUACCAGUCCUUGAUGAAAAAGGUACUCAGCCGUGCCAUGGCACAGAUGAGAACAGUCAGAGAGCCAAGGCACCUGACCUUAUGAGCUUUUUGCACAAACAACUCGAGUCGGCAGGAUCCAAUACGCUUGAGAACUCGGCUCAAGCACCUGAUACAGACUCAGGUGCUUCAUUUGGAAGUAGCACAAACCAACCUGCCACCGGUAACAAUACUGUCAGCACGAUCUCCGCACCGACUCAAUAUUCUUCAUCUACAACAUCAAACGAAGCACCCAAGCCGCCUCUGCUCAAUGUUUUCACCAACGUUGAUAAGUACAUAGAUCCGGCGCACUCCGCCGUCAACGUUUCCGGGAACUUCGCCCAUACCCACUCCUGCCUUGAGGGCGAAUCCAAAGAGGAUGUCAAGAUUGCUGUUGUGCUCAAAUUUGCACUCAGUUCCAGCAGUUAUGCUACCAUCUGCAUCCGAGAGAUGACUGGGCAAGGCAACUAGCGGAGGCGAAAAAUUCGUGAGUUUUGUCAGCGACAAAUUUCUGGCAUCCUCAGGUACCCAAAGCAUGCCACUCAAGACACGUUUGCUGCCCCAGAAGGAAAACCGCGCGGAUCUGCCGAUGCUUGCUUCCAGAAGCAUUUUCCAAGGUGCUUCUUGAUCUGUAGCAGUUUUGUACGAGUAUAUCAAGUCGACAUAAAUGCUUGUUCUGCGCAUGAGCGGGAAGCUACUUCACUCCGCCUCUGGCCUCCGCGCUACUCAUUCAAUCUCGGCCAAAAGGCACAUCCUGCUGUCACCAGACCGUCAUUACCGGUGUAAAUCUUGGUAUUUUCCGUCUCACUAUUGAAUAUGGCUGAGCGGGACCAUACCAUGCCUCUGAACUUCGCUAGUUUGGACUGCCUAACAAGGGCACAUCCCUUCGAUGGUGAAACUGUCUUUUUUUUUCUUUGCCAAUGGAACGAGAGUUUUGUCAUGAGUUGCUUAUUGAAGGUAUCAGAAAGUUUAUUAAUGUACGUGCUUAGGACUCACGUCCAAAUAUGUCAUACCUUACGAUCUUCCUCUUACGCAAUAGGUACGGCGGCAUGGGCUUUUAUUUUCUUAUAGAACGCAAGCAUUCACAGGAGCCAUGUGUGUAGAAUAAAUACCAUUGUUUGUAAACCCGGUCACCACAUUGCCUACUUCUGUUUUCUUUGGGGUUCGCCAGAUAACUUAACGAGUCAGUGGUAGGAUUGUUUGGAGUAACGAACAGAGACGCUCUCGCCAGGGCCUUGGAUAAAUACAAUUAUGUACACUUUUUACACACUCCGCUCUCUCUC